CAACAGUAAGGAAGCUGCAGAAAUCCAAUUGGCGAUGUCGUGGUGGUUAGGACAUGUUCUGCUGGCUCAGGCGAGGAAAAGCAAUGCCUUUUCGGCAAGUCAACCCUUGCCCGAGAUCGGUCCAAGUCGGAAAUUCAACCGCUGUACGGCGCCCGUGAUAGCGAUUGGGUCAGGCCCGAGUUCCCCAGCGCGCAAUUUGCAUCUUUCUCCAAGCCGUAAGGUAAACCCAUAAGUCAAGCAAGUACCACAGUACGUUCCUGUGCGCUCACGUGCAUCACAGGUGGAGCAAGCAGUACUCCAAUCCGAUAUGGCCGUCGAUGGGAAGACAGAAGUCACCGCUCCCGUCUUCCACCUCACGGAUCGAGAUAAAGACAUCCUGGCUAUGAGCGAUGAAGACUACCAUCUGCAAACUUGGAACGACCUGAAAUAUAUCAUAUCACGACAGGCGCUCGAGCGGCUCACCCGUCGGCCAUCUCAGCUUCGUGCCUACCUAGCCUGGAGCGCCGAAACAAAACGUAGAUAUGGAACGAUAACAAAUUUCAUACUUCAAGAGCGGGUGUGCUGGUCCGACUAUGACCCCGCGUCGCUUAACAGCGGUGAGCCGAAGUUUGCGUGCAAAAGUACCAUACCAUUCCAGGUCAAGGAUGAUUAUAGAAUACUGAUAAACGACUGGCCCUACGGACUCGAGCCGGGCAUAGUACAUAUCUGUGUGUGGUCAAAAGUUCGCCUUCCCGUUGAUGACGUGAACGGAGAUUUGACUUCCGCUGGGAGGAAGAUGGUGGAGGAAUUCGUUGACCGAACCUUCGUAGACGGCCUUGGCGUCCAAGGAGAAGACAAGGUCUUGUGGUUCAAGAACUGGACUGGUUUACAGAGCGUGCGUGGAUUGGAGCAUAUUCACGUCCUGGUCAGAGACGUGGACGAGAACAAGUUGUCACGGAUCUGCGAGCGACCUUGGGAGCAGUCUGGCUCGUCUUAGACAAUUAGAUCACACGUCAAUUUUGUAGUAUGGACAAGGGAGCACAUAAUUCCUCA